AAGUGUGAAAGCCAGGCCCUAGCCAACUGUUAACCCCAGCGGGUUUAAACAAGUCUUUAAACCUCUCAAAUUCUCAUUUGGAGGUCGGUAAUUCAACUCCUUGCCCUAACUAUCAGACGCCCGCUGCUGCAAUUCCCGGUUCUUCUUCUUCAUCCUCUUUGAAUUCUAUGCUCCAGUUUUGGAAUAGAAGAUCAAUUUGGGAUUUUUGUGAAUUAGAUGAUGGUGAGAGCUGAGGUGGAAGCAGAUGUCCAAAGAUGGGUUGGAUUAAUCUUCAUGAAGUAUAAUGACUAUGAUGGUGCUAAGAAAAAGCUAAUUGAAGCACAAACAUCGUAUCCAGGAAUUAAAUAUGUUGAUGAGUUGAUCAAACUAUGUGACAUAGCAUGUACAGCUAAAUCUCAAGGGAGUGGAAUUGAUUGGUGCUCGGUUCUCGACAUUAACAAGAUGGCCAGUGUGUCUGACAUAGAUUUGAAGUACACGGAGCUGAUGAGAACUUCGGAACCGGUUAAGAACAAGUUUCAGGAAAUUCAAUCAUCUUUGGGGCUCAUCGAAAACGCUUAUAGCGAGUUUAAAUCUAAAAGAGCUGCAACCGUGAAUAUUGAUAGCGGAGCUACUUCACAAAAUUCUUCUGGGACUAAGAGAAUUGUCAGCGAGGAUUCAGAUAAUAACAGUCUAAUAUGCAAUACAGGGGAGCAGCCUUUGAAGAGGUUAAGAAGUUUGGGUGGGAAUGAUUGUGAAGUUAUGGGUGAGACCCAAUCACUUAAUGAACUAAUAGGAAAAAUUUGUAGCCAAGAAGCGGGGUCGGAUACUGCUGAAAGCAAGUGUAGAUUAAAUGAAAUGCAGAGUCCUCACCCGUUAUCAAUAACUGAGAAUGUUGAAAUGGAUACGGUUGCAGCAGAAUUUGGUAAUGGUGCCAGCAUUAAGCACCAAAAUUCUGGAUCUCCUCUUAUAGCUUCAGUGCCGAAUCCAGAAAUAUAUACAGUGAAUCAGUGUGCAGGGUAUGUUGCUCCCGGGGAUCAAAUUGUCAAGAAACUCAUUGCAUACUCGCGGCGAAGACAUCUAUCACCAAAAACAUGUGAAGAAAGAAUUAGUCAGGCUGAUGGAAAAUCAAAAGAUGAAAGCACAUCUUCAGAUAAUUUGGAAAUGGACAGGUCAUCAAGAGAGAACAUAGGUGAGCUAACUGCAAAAAAUAGCUUAGAGAAAGUGGCAGAAGAGAUUGACAUUGAGAGGGAUGGUGUCAGUUUGGGUGCAUUUAUGAUGGAACAGAUGAUGCAGUUAAUAAGUUGGUUGACAAAGAGAAAGUGGCUGAAGAGAUUGAUACUGAGAGUGAUUGUGUCAGGUUGGGUGGGGAUGAUUGUGAAUUGUUAGCUGAGACCCAAUCA